AUUUCACUCGCUCAAAUGGACCACACAAUCAUGGGCAGAAUCAUAUACCAAAUGAUUUUUCUGCUUCUACUUGGACUUUUGAUCUGCCAUCUGCUUAUGGUUGUAUGUUUGAGUAGUAUAUUAGACAGUUGGUAUGCCUCUGUAGAAAUUCUGCAAGAACAAGAAUCCUAUUAUUACCUUUCAAUCUACAUUAUAUGUCUUCCUCUGAUUCUGUUGCAGGUCACAUGUAUUCCUCCUGGUGCUUUGGUGGUAGCAUCCUCAGAGAAAACAGAAGUUGAGAUGUUUGCAGUAGGAGAUAAUGUUCUGGGUAUACAGUGCCAUCCAGAAUUUUCGAAGGAUGUCAUGAUGGAUAUAAUAAAUAGGCGCCUUUCUGGAAAUAUGAUUACUUCUGAGGUGGCAAAGGCAGCAAUUGAGAGCUUUGAGGGGAUCCAGCCUGAUCAAGAGCCACUAAAGGCAUUGUGCAAGGCAUUCCUGAAAGGACAUCCUGGAGUUGAAUAGCUGUUCUCAUCCUUCGUGGUUGUUGAAUUGAAUCCAGUUUCCUCACAUCACCACCUCAAUGCUUGUUUCUUCAAUAAACUAUUAUUUUCAAUCAAUAAGUACUAUUACUGUUAAUUGGAACCUCACAUUACCAUUAAAAAUAUGUUUGGAAUUUUGUAUUUGGCAAACUUAAUUCAUAUUUUCUAUAUUUUUAGGGCCCCUUUGAGAGGCUUAAGCAUUCA